GGCACUGACUGAGGUGGCGCCGUCUUCCCAAGUGCCGGGAAGGAAAAUCUUGCUUUAGGGAAGAUUCGUUUUGCGUGACGCAGAUCUCUUCCUGUUGAAUUAAUCGCUUUGACAAAAGAAAUGGCCUCUGUGAGCCAGAACGGUGCUUGCGGCUGGCGAAUAUCAGCCCCAAGGAAGAACCCGAAAAGCCUUUUGGACCUGAGUCGCUCAACCGUAGUCAAGGAAAUCGCCUUGCCUGCCAUGACAAACUAUCCUGAAAAUAAGAAUUAUCUGACAACUGUUUGUGGCCUCCUGAGUCAUUUUCUGCCUUGGGAUCUUAGAACAUCAGUCAUUCGUGAAACUAUUGAGAGGCAGGAGACGGAAGACCCUGAACAAGUGAUGUCUGCUCUUCUUCUGCAGCUUCUUACCAACGUCAGACAUUUCUUCUUGACUGCUGCAGGUGCCAAGAGCGAAAAAUGGAUUCACCUUCAAUCCCAUGAAAGUCAUUCACUCCUUCAGGAAUUAGAAAAUGUCGUCGAAUUCCGAAUGGAAAGCUUUCGUCUGGAAGGGGUGAGCAUGGAAGCUGGAACUUUAACCCAAAUCCUUCGUCGGUCCCCUCGUCUGAUGUCCAUCCAUAUUUCUGGAACUUUAUGUCACGAAAUCCUCUCACACCUGAAUAGUUUUCCCUGUGACCUGCUCUCCCUUCGACUUGACAACUGCAGCGUUACAGAUGAAGAUGUCGUUCGGUCUCUCUUAAAUACAGAGCAGAAGUUCGAGACGCUCGGACGGAUCAUCUGCGUUGGAGGCGACGCUACAGAAAUCGAAAAGAAGUGCCAGCACUCCCUCAAAAAUCUGUCAGUUCAGUCACCACUGUUAACAGGUUUUGGGAGCGUCGUGCUCCUGAAUUUUCUCCGAGGCUUGCAAAAUAUCCAAUACACCUCUUGGAAUUCCUCCACCUUCGACACUCUCCUUUUCCUGGAGAAGGUGUCGCCUGAGAAUCCGUCAUUUUCUCUAACCUCGAUCGACCUUUGGCGACCAACAGACGACGCCCUUCUCAGUUUGAAAAGUUUCUGUCCGAAGUUGCGUCAAUUGAUGAUCGAAUGCUACGACCCAGGUUUAUCGUCGCUGGCCAUGCUCUCAGCGCUUGAAGAUUUGUCCUCGUUAACCUUGAGAUUAAUGUCUGAAGAACUCAUCAUAUCAGCAGUCAAGUCUGUGGGAUGCAACCUUCGGGAACUUGAGAUAGAAUUCGAGACUUUCACAUUCCAUUCUGUUUCCCUGGAAACUUUAAAGCUCGUCCACGAGUCUUGCCCACACCUUCAGAGACUGGAAAUCAGACACGUGUGCUUAGAGGCCCGUGGUGACGAGAGUCGCCCUUCCCUUAGACUGCCCAUGUUCCCCAAUCUGAAAUACUUAGUUCUUUCCAGCGCCGUUAUCCAGCCUGCUGUUCUAGAGAGGCUUUUAAUAGGAAACAGCUCGCUGGAAAACUUAGUUCUGGAUGUCAAUCACGAUGCUCUCACCGACUCCGUUCUGGACGAGCUGUUGAAGAACAAUGAGAUGAACCUUCUCCGCUCUGUCUUUUUAGGGGCAGGUUCCCUGUCGCCAAAGACCCUGACUUCCCUCAUCCGCCUCCCUUCACUUCAGAAACUAUCUCUAGACCUGAAAAGAUUUCCAUUCAUUCCAGUGUCGACUUUUAGUUCGCUGGAAAAUGACCUCAUUAAGGGAAAUUUCCUUUGUGCCUUAGAAAAUGUUCUUCAAGACGAUGUUUGAGUUCAUUUCAUCUAAUUCAUCACCAUCAAAACAUCAGUUAUUUAUGCGUGGCCACGACUACGUACAGAGCUCAGUCAUAUUUCCAUUACCCACACGGCAUUCAUUUGUACUACUUUGGUUUUCAUUUCAUCAUCGCUAUUCAUCUGUUUAUUUCUUAGACGUAUAUUUUUCUACUUAUCGAUUUCCACUACAAAAAGUUUUUCUGGGUGAAAUGCAGAACUCACGAAUAAAAAUAUUUAGUACCAAUGCUUUUAUUUCGUCAUUGGAAUGUUUUUUAGCUUUUCUAAAAAUGACAGUUUACACAGCACAGAACUGUGAUGAUGACAGAUUUUGUUGAAAUUGCAUAUGUUUUGAUGAUUUAGUUCAGUUCAGCUACAAAUUCUAUGUUAUAAUUUUGGUGGCAUUCAGUGAACCUACUUUGUACACAUAAAAAGAUGCCU